CAGUCCCAGACUAAAAUAUGAAAGUAAGAACUACCUGUCUGUGGAUGUUGAUUCAUUACGUGUUGAGCGGAAAAAGCUUUCAAGAGAAACCAAAUAUCGUGAUAUUUCUAGCUGACGAUAUGGGAUACGGCGAUCUUCAACAUUUUGGAAACCCGUUAUCACGAACACCAAAUAUCAAUUAUCUAACAGACAAUGGAUUAAAACUGACACAAUUUUAUAGCGCUGCUCCAAUGUGCAGCCCAGCAAGAGCUGGUCUCCUUACUGGACGUUAUCCAGUCCGCUCUGGAGUUUGGAACAGUUAUCCUGGAUCCGGUUCCAUUUUCAUGCAGGUAAUGACGGACGGACUACCGCAUAAGGAAAUCACAAUCCCAGAGAUGCUUGCCAAGCAGGACUACAAAUCCGCACUUAUUGGUAAAUGGCAACUGGGCGUUGGACGCGAAAGGCAGUUUCUUCCGACUCAGCACGGUUUUGACUUCUUCUUCGGGAUUCCGAAUUCACAUAUGGAUUGCCCUUGUAUCAGUAAGUGCUUCUACCCACACGACGAAUGUAAUGCAGAUCAUUGUAGAAACGAUGUUGCACCAUGCCAGUUGAUGUUAAAUGACGUCAUAAUUGAACAGCCUCUUAAUUUAUUAGAUAUAGCUGCUAGGCAAGCUAGGGCAGCCAGAAGCUUUAUUCAGGAAAAAGCGUGUACAAGAACUCCAUUCUUCCUCCUCUAUUCCUUCCUUCAUCCUCAUAUUCCUCAUUUUGCGGGUAAACUUUCUCGGAAUUCAACUCUUGGUGGCGAUUACACAGACUCUUUGGCGGAACUUGACUGGCAGGUGGGAGAGGUGAUGGAGGAACUGAAGAACAAUGGAGCAAUAGACAAUACUUUAGUCAUUUUUACUUCUGAUAAUGGACCAGCAUUACCAUAUUUAGAACUCGGUGGGUUUUCUGGUGCGAUGAAAUGUGGCAAACAUUCGACGUUUGAAGGUGGGACUCGCGUUCCAACUAUAGCUUAUUGGAAAGGUCGAAUCCCAAGUGGAAUCUCAACAGAGUUCUUGAGCCAUCUGGACAUCUGGCCAACACUCAGAAGUUUAAGUGGUUCCGCACCAGAUGAUUUUGACGUCAUUCUGGACGGAUUUGAUUUCUCUAACACACUUUUCAAAAACGAAGAGUCUCCUAGGUCUUCAAUGCUGUAUUACCCUGACUAUCCUGACCCAGCCAUAGGACCGUACGCUGUUCGGAACAAACGAUAUAAAGCUCAUUUUGUUACAAACUGUGGUAAAUCAUGCAAGUAUCUAGGCCUAUCAGACGAAUACUGUGAAAUGACUUUUUAUGAUCCACCUCUCCUCUACGAUCUCCUUUUAGACCCCGAAGAGCGCAACAAUCGGAACGGUUUACCCGAAUCAAAACAGAUACUUCUUGAGAUGACUUUAUUGCUGGAAUCAUAUAAAGUAGACUUCGCAAAAUCUAUUCUACAAGCAACUGAUCCCAGAAGUCAGUUGUGUUGCAAUCCAGGCUGCGAGUCUUUUCCAUCAUGUUGUCAGUGUCCCUCUAAUUAUACGAAGGAAAUGUUUCCAUUAAAGAAAGAGUGUGACCUUUCACCCUUAGAUUUUAGAGGUAAGAAAUAUAAGCAAUCUUGUGUGGGUAGGCAUUGAGGCAAUAUCAUUGCAGUUGUUAUUGUUAUUAACUAUGAGGUUCCUAUU